AUGCGGGCGCGCGUCGGUGGGGCGAUCGCGGGCGUCGAACGGGCGCGUGGGGCGACGCGUGGGCGAUCGCGCGCGCGGAUGACGCGAUGCGACGUCACGGCUGCGCGCGCGGUGGCGAUCGUCACGGGCGCGAACGCGGGCCUGGGGCGGGAAACCGCGCGCGCGCUGGUGAAGAAGGGAUACGCGGUGGUGCUGGCGACGCGGGACGUCGAACGGGGCGAACGGGCGGCGGCGGAGGUGCGGGCGGCGGCGGCGGGCGCGGGCGCGGGCGGGACGGCGGAGGCGAUGCGGGCGGACCUGGCGGAUUUUGAAUCGAUACGACGGUUCGCGCGCGCGUUCGAGGCGAAGUACGAACGAUUGGACGCGUUGGUGUGUAACGCUGGGGUGAUGGCGCUGCCGAAUCGUGAGACGACGGUGGACGGGAACGAGACGCAGAUGCAGGUGAACCAUCUCGGACACUUUUUACUGACGAGUCUUCUGCUGCCGACGAUGCUGAAGACGCCGUCGAACGAUAAGCGAAUCGUCAACGUGAGCUCGGUGGCGCAUAACUUUGGGACGCUUGAUUUCCAUAACAUCAAUUCGGAGGGUUUCUUUGGCUAUCCGUUCCUCGGUUGGGCGACGUACGGGAGGACGAAGAUGGCGAAUGUGUUGUUCACGUUCGAGCUCCAUCGAAGACUACGAGCGAGCGGAAUCGACGACGUGUGCGUGAACGCCGUGCAUCCGGGCGUGGUCGACACCGAGCUCAAUCGAAAUCUCUCCCUCGAUUUCUACCCGCAACUCAAACGCAUGGGUCAGCUCAUCACCCCCGAGCAAGGCGCUCGGGGCCAAAUCGCUCUCGCGUUGGACGAAAAGUACCUCGGCGUGAGCGGCAAAUACGUCUCUGAGAUGUCCAACGACGGCCGUCCGGGCGUGCACGAGGUGAUGCGAUCGAAUGGUUUCAGUUACGACACCGAGGCGUGGGCCAGGCUGUGGAAGGAUAGCGUUCGAUUGACCGACGCGGAGUGGACCAUCUGA